CCCGCAGGUAAUUUAGGUGAAGGACAAAUUAAAGGAAACCCUACUGAGAUCACUUCAGGGUUUCUGUGAAAUAAAUCCAUUUACAACAAGGUACUCAGGCUACGAAGUGCAAAACGUAUAACGGCAAACAGUUCAACCCUCUACAGUGUAAUUUAGAUCAAAUGCUGUAUGUGCACCAAAACUUUGCAGCGAUUUAGUUUCUGGAAAACAUGAAGGAAGAGUUUUGUUACGAAGAUUUGCCUUCGGCAAACCAGCGAUUUACACUCGGCGAAUGUCUCGGAGAAGGCGUACAUGCGAAAGUGUUUAAAUCGAAGGAUUCGGAAACCGGAAAAGAUGUAGCCAUAAAGAUACAAAGUUUCAUUGACGACAAUAUGAAAUUCAUUCAAGAAGAGUACAACAUACUCAGUAAUUUUUCAAACCACCCUAAUUUGGUGCAGUUUUAUGGCGCUUAUAAGAAUCUUGGCGAGAUGGGGGACGAAGUUUGGUUUGUUAUGGAGUUAUGCGGAGGUGGAACGGUUAUGGAUUUAGUAAGAGGAGUAGUCAGUAGCAACCGAAGGAUGGCAGAAGAACACAUUUCGCUUAUUUUAAAAGAAAUUCUAAAGGCUCUAACUUAUCUGCACGAAAACAACAUAAUGCACCGCGACAUUAAGGGAAGCAACGUUUUGCUUACAACCGAAGGUGAUAUAAAGUUAUCAGACUUUGGUUUAAGUCGUGUAUUAAAAUCUGAGAUGGAAAGGACAAACUCCUGCUUAGGCUCACCAAAUUGGAUGGCUCCAGAGGUCAUUAGCGUGGCAAACCCCGAAUUCAACGGAUACGACAGUAGGGCCGAUGUCUGGUCGGUAGGCAUUUUAGCGCUCGAGCUCAGUAAUGGUAAGUCGCCGUAUCACAACAUGCACCCCACCAGAGCCAUAUUUCAAAUCGCACGAAACCCUCCACCGGGACUUGAUCUACCAGGAAAUUGGUCGGAUACCUUCAUAGACUUUAUCGAGGAAUGCCUGGUAAAAAAUCCCGAACACCGACCGUUUAUGGUUGAACUGCUUGAGCAUCCCUUUUUUGAGUUGGUUCCUAAAAAGUACUACUAUCUAAACCAAGAGUUGCUGAUCUUAAAUCAAGCAUUUGGUUCCAUUGGAAGAGCGAAUCGACUACCUGAGAUGAUUAUAAACACCAACCUAUACAAGAAGGGCUACAAUGAACCCAUGGAACAAAUGCUUGUUGAAGAUCUAUCUGCCUUAGAUGAAAUUAACGAAGAAAUUGUUUUAGAAGAACUAAAUAAAAGAAUGUCUAUUGGCCAAUCUUCCACCUUUGUUGGUGACGUACUGCUUAUUCUUAACCCCAAUGAACAACAGGACGUUUAUGGAGAAAAGCAACAUUCAAAAUAUCAAUUUACAUCUCGAUCAGAUUGCGCCCCUCACAUAUUCACCGUUGCGGACAGCGUCUAUCAGGCGGCACUACACCAGGACAAAGUGCAACAUAUCAUUUUGACGGGAGAAAGUUCGUCUGGUAAAACGACGAACUUUCUUCACCUGAUAGAGCAUCUACUGUUUUUGGGGAGAAACAAGAAUAUUAAUCAGGGAAGAAUACGGAACGCAAUUAAAUUGCUGCAAGCAUUCACUCAUGCUUCUACGCCAUCAAAUGAUCAUUCUACGAGGGCGGUUUUCCACGUUGAAAUAAAUUACAGUGGUACUGGGAAAAAUACAGGCGCGCAUUUUGAAGUGUAUCAAAUUGAGAAGUGGAGAAUAUCUAGUUUAGAUGAAUCGCAAGCGAACUUUCAUAUUCUCUACUAUUUCUAUGACGGAAUACAGGCCAAUGGAGAGUUAAACAAGUAUCUCCUCAGAGAUGAUCGUCAAUGUCGUUAUCUUCGUAUACCACCCGAGGCUAAAUGUAGUUGUAAACCAAGAGAUGAUCCCAAGUCAAACACUAAAAAGUUUCAAAAAAUUCUCGAAAUUUUGCGAGAGUUUCUGUUUGGAAAGGAAGAAAUCGAAGCCAUAUUUAGCGCCUUGGCUGCUAUACUAGUACUUGGUGAUAUAGACUUUGAAUCGAACGAAAUUGUUAAUAAAGAUUGCGCUUCUAAAGUGGCUCAAUUGUUAAAGAUAGAAGAAGAGGGCUUUAUUUCUGGUCUGACUAGUUCGCAUCUCAGAGAUGUCCUUGCCAAUACUUUGUACUCCAGAGUGGUGCAGUACAUUGUUAGUGCCAUCAAUAGUAAACUCUGUUAUGGGCGGGCCAUAUUUGGGGAUAAAUAUGCGAUCAAGGUUCUGGAUUUUUAUGGUUUUGAAUCGUUUAAGUCCAACAGUUUUUCUCAAUUUUUGAUUAAUUGCACAAACGAACAGAUUCAGUACUUUUAUAACCAAGCCGUUUUUUCGUGGGAAGAAUUGGAAUCAGUUGAAGAAAAUAUUCCAUACCAAUCAGUAUUGUACUACAAUAACAAGAAGGCUUUGGAUGAGAUGUUGGGAGCAUUCAGCGUGCUUGCCUUGGUCGAAGAGGCUACCAAGGAGAAUAAAGGAAGGGCUCACAUUAUCAGUGGUCUAAUUAAUAAAAAUAAAACAUUUGUCAGUAGAGAAACCGACAGUGAGUUUUGCGCAAAUCACUACGCCGGAAGUGUAGUAUACGACGCAACUAAAAUGGCGGCUUUUAACAGAGACGUGUUGCCAGCAGAAACUAUUAAACUACUACGCAGUUCGAACGAUGCCAUUUUAAAAACGUUAUUCAUGAGCAAAUUAAACAAAAUGGGAAAUUCCUGCGUGAAGUUUGACGAGGAUUUAAAACAUCGAAAGGAGUUGAUUAACAAUGAGCAAUAUUUGCAAAAAAAUGCCAAACAAUUUUCUCAAACUGCUAAGUUGUACUCGGCAGCAACCACAUUUAAAGCAUCCAGUCUUGAGUUAAUGAAAGAACUAUCGAUAAGUGCACGUACUGGUGGGGCACACUUUGUUCGCUGCCUCAGAUCGGACUUUGCUGGUAACCCGCAGAGUUUUCACAAAGAACUUAUAAAACAACAAUUGCGAGCAUUGGCGGUGGUGGAAACGGCAACCGUUCGAAAGCGCGGUUUUUCACUACGAAUUCCAUUUAUGGAAUUUCUUAAAAGAUAUAAGUUUUUAGCAUUCGAUUUUACCGAAGCCGUUGACAUCACAAAGGAAAAUUGUCGUCUCCUCCUAAUUCGACUAAACAUGGAAAAUUGGGCUAUAGGAAAGACGAAGGUAUUUCUAAAAUAUUAUCACGAAGAAUACCUCUCCAGAUUAUACGAAAAGCAGGUGAAGAAGAUCAUUAAAAUUCAAGCGCUUAUAAGAUCAUAUCUAAUUAAAAGAAAAAUGGCUAAAAAGUUAACAGUUGAUAAUAAAAGUAAAGGUGAAAAGGAGCGAGUGGACUUAAUUAGAGAAGAAGCGGCUAUAGUCGUUCAAAAAGCCUAUCGAAACUACUACGGAAGAAAACACCACAAGGGUGUUCCACUUGAUAACGAUGAGACAAAGUUAGCGAGUUACUUUUUCAAUAAAUGGAAGAGAAAAUCCGUGUACCAAAUACUUUUGCAAUACCGAGCAUCUCAAUACCAAGACUUAUAUAAUUUGUCCCAACAGGUCCACCUCUACAAUCAAUACAUUAUGAAUGAAGUUACCAUGUUGGAAGACGUGGAGCUAAGUUCCGUUGUUUCAAAUGCGGAUCCUGAAAUAUUUUUGGGGGAGAAUAAGUCAUCCGUUUUGAAAUUGCCGUUUCGAUUGGAUAACAUACCCUUUUACGAUACAGUGCAUCUGUGUCACUUGACAACGAAAGAUUCUGAAGAUGAAGAGAAUUGGGACUCUCCAUUUUAUUUGCGCGAAAUUUCCGAUAUAUCCGCAAUAGGUUACUACAAGGGCGUGGAAGCAAAACUUCAAUUAACAAAGCUGCCAUUUAAGCGUCAACCUUCCGAAUUCACCCCAUUAUCAAACGAUGUCGAAGUCUGUAAAUUACAAAACGAAAACGAAGUACCCAAAUCUCCCUUAAUCAAUCGUAAAUUAGUAGUGGAACAUUUAAAUAGUAUCAACAAUACUACUUCGGCCGAUAAGGAUUUCGAAUACAUAAAGGCGCCGAUUUUAAAGAAAACCCCUAAACCGAAAGAUGAUUACGCCGAUCCAAUCAAUGAGCUUGAAAGUAAAGGGAGACGAAAGUCGCUUGUUCACGAAGACGAGCCACCGUUUAAUUUUCAAGCUAUGCUGAGAAAGACUAACUACCGAAAGGAAUUUGACGAAAAAACAGAUUCAGAUAAAGACACCACCCAAAAUGAACUGUUUGAGCAGUCUCUGGCAGAGAAAAAGAACAUGUUGAAAGGGAUCAAGAAGGAAGCACCAAAAGUUAAAGUUUCAUUUGGGGAGGAUGUACAUGUUGUAACUGAUGUAGCACCUGGAAUUACCUUAGAGGGAGUUCUUGUAGACUUAUAGAUUUGCUGUUCUUGUGGAUGGAAGUGUACCUACGAUCUAUCUAAAAUGGUCUAGACUGGAGUUCUCUCAUUCCAUGAGAUACUAGGUACCUAUGUGCCGUCUUCUAUUCUACAAUGAUAAAAUCACAUUACGAAGGUGUCAGAAAGAGAAUCACACCUUCUUAUCUGCUCCUCAUUAAAGAUUUGUGAUCUAGAUCAUUUUUAGAUAGACCGUUGGUGAUCUAAGAAUAUUUUUUCGCACUAUAUUUACUCAAUGUUGUUAGAGAAAGUUUGUUUUAUACGUCCUCACUACGACAGAGACAUUUACGAUUACGUUAUAUUGAUUUCGUCCUUCAUGUUUAUAUAGCGUUAACAAAAUUUAAAAUGCUAGGUUUUAAUUAUGAAAGUAAAAUAAAUCAAUAAAUACUUACAUCCA